AUGAAGCUCUCGGCAAUCUUCCUCCAGGCAAGCGCUUUUCUCAUCGCUGCCACUUUAGCCAGUCCCCUCCCGGCUCCCGAUGAUGGAUCUAUCCGAAUCCCCGUCAAGGGCGCCCCAGCUGAACGUGACGACGGCUCCAUUCGCAUCCCUGUAAAGGGUGCUCCUGCUGAACGAGAUGAUGGUGUUUCUAGAAUUCCGGUCAAGGGCGCCCCAGAGAAAGAAAGCGACGGUGUCAUCCGGAUUCCUGUCAAGGGCGCUCCUGCCAGGCGUGAGGACGGCUCGAUCAGAAUUCCGGUCAAGGGUGCACCAAACAAGCCCGCUCAGUCAUAG